GCGGGUUAAGACACGGUCUAAGACGAUCGAACCAGAGAUCAUUUACAUUUGUCCUAAAUCGACAAGCAAUCAAGCAACGGACGAGAAACGAAAAUAGUACUCAGGAGAGGGGAGUAAGAGAGACGGUGCAAAAGUCUCAAACAAGUCUGCCAUUUUCACAUUCCGGCAAUCUCCAGAAGCGUUUGCUCUAUUUCAAUUUCAAUCGAAGAAUAAGUUUCAGUUCUGUCUGCUGGAGCGGCUAAUUUUUAAGGGGUUUGUGAAUUUGGAGUGAUUCAGUUUCUUCCUACCCUAAAUCUACUCAUCCUCCUGUUACUCUCCACCACCUGCUCAGGUUCAUCAGCAUCGCCAAGUUUGAGAAAUCAGCAGGUGACUUUAGUGGAAAAGGUUAACACUGGAAGCUAUAUAGGGAUACAAAAAUUGAUAGGGAGAGUGAGAACUAUAAUGACACAAAGGCUGAGACUAAGGAUGGGCAUGCUCACUUGGCUUGGAAAGAGUAGAAGGAUUAACAUAGAGGGAAGAGAGGUGAAGGUUCAAACGCAAAUGUGGAUAUGUGUGUUGCAUCCCGUGAUAAGGAUAGAAAUGACCGCAGAGGAUCAAUGUUUGCUUAUAGUGUCAUGAGCGAACCAAAAGAGACUGGAAGAGAAGAAAAAUAAACCGAUAGGUGGGAAACGAGAGAGAGGGUGGAGCAGAACGAUGGAGAAAGAAAGAAGGAGAAGAAAAAAAAGAUCAUAUUAAAAGAGAGCUAGAGACUGAUGCUGAAGAGGUCUCACAGAACGAGAAAGAGCUCGGUGAAGCAUCUGCCAAAACCUGCACAAGAGGAAUAUGUGGCACCAGAGCAGAAGAAGCAGAACGAAACAGAGGGGUGGGAAGAAGAUGAAAGAUAAUCAAAGGACAAAAGGAGCGAGAGAGAGAGGGGUGGUAAUAAUUCAGAAGUGGAAAGAGCUGCAAAAGCAAAGCAGAAUCAAUGAAAAAGAAAAGAUGCCUCCAGUUAUGGAGUUCAGCAACGGAAGAGAAUGCUGAGGCCGAGAGACAGCCAACAAACUACGACCGUGUCCGUUCACGGAGUCAGGACAACUACGAAGGGGUACAAGGCGAAUCAGAGGUUCCGGUUGUUGUUUACAACGUUGGGGAAUGUAUGCAAGAACUGAUUAAAUUGUGGAAGGAAUAUGAAUCUUCUCAGCCUGACAAAAGUGGUGAGUUCGCAAGUAAUGGCCCCACUCUUGAAGUUCAGAUUCCAGCUGAGUAUGUUACUGCUACUAACCGCCGAGUAAGAGGUGGCCAGCUAUGGGGAACAGACAUAUACACAGAUGAUUCAGAUCUUGUUGCUGUUCUCAUGCAUACAGGUUAUUGUCGUCCUACAUCUUCCCCUCCUCCACCGACAUUGCAAGAGUUGCGUGCUACCAUUAGAGUCUUGCCGUCACAAGAUUACUAUACCUCCAAGCUAAGGAACAAUGUCCGCUCUCGAUCAUGGGGAGCUGGAAUCGGAUGCAGUUACAAAGUUGAGCGGUGCUAUAUACUUAAGAAAGGAGGUGGAACUAUAGAACUGGAACCCUCUCUUACACACUCCUCAGAGCCAACACUUGCACCAAUGGCUGUUGAUAAGUCUAUGACCACCAGAGCUGCAGCUUCGAAUGGUCAGCGGCAACAAAGGUUUGUUCGAGAAGUAACAAUACAAUACAACCUCUGCAAUGAACCUUGGAUCAAAUAUAGCAUAAGCGCUGUGGCCGAUAAGGGUCUGAAAAAGCCUCUUUUCACCUCUGCUCGCUUGAAGAAAGGAGAAGUUUUGUACCUUGAAACACAUUCAUCCAGGUAUGAGCUCUGUUUCGCUGGAGAGAAGACUAUGAAAGCAUUCCAAGCCUCCCAACAACAACCCUCAUCAUCCGAAGAAGCUAAGGAGAUGGAUAACAAUAACAACUCUGUCAUGUUUUCCUUAAACGUUUUCCGUUGGUUACGAUGGAGGAAACCUCUCCCUCAUGUGACAACAGACGGUGAAAAAACAGAUACAGAUUCAGACAACAGUGUAAUUGAUGUUUUCCGUUGGUCACGAUGUAAGAAACCUCUCCCGCAGAAGCUUAUGCGGUCUAUCGGGUUUCCACUCCCACCUGAUCAUGUCGAGGUGUUGGAGGAGAAUCUGGAUUGGGAAGAUGUACAAUGGUCACAGACUGGUGUUUGGAUUGCUGGGAAAGAGUACACACUUGCACGUGUUCAUUUCUUGGCUCCCAGCUGAAGAGAAAAUAAAAAGCUUUUCAUGUCUUUAUCUGAUUUUUUUUUUUUUUUUUUUUUUUUUCUUGUAAAACCUGAGACUUUCAUUAAAACCUUAAACAUUGUUUAGAGCCCAUAGGGCUUAUUUAGCAACAUUAUCGGCCCAAACAUUAGCCGUAUGAUUAAUAAAUGAAAAAGAGAUUGAUUUGAA